AUGGAUGCAUCACAAAAAAAACGUUCAUCACUUAAAGAAAUAGAUGCAUCGUAUACCAUAUUCAAUGAAAUUGAGCCACUAUCUUGUGAGUGUUCCCCAACAAGAAUUUACUUUGGUGUUUCAUCACAUGCUCCAAUUAAUUUCAAUCUUUUAUUCUAUGGCUCAGAUAGCUCAUCAAAUUAUUAA